AUGACACCCGUUGCACUCUCUAGCGAGCACAUACACACCAAUGGAUACCAUGCGAAGAAACUUCACCAGGAGGACCUCGACGGGUUCGGCACCCGCGCCAUCCAUGUCGGUGCAGAGCCAGACGCUGAGACUGGCGCAGUCAUCCCUUCUAUUUCGUUAAGCACGACGUACAAGCAGGACGGUGUGGGAAUCCAUAAGGGCUUCGAAUACUCACGAUCGGGAAAUCCCAAUCGCAAUGCCCUAGAGCGCACUCUGGCCUCGCUUGAAUCUGGAGGCGCACAUGCACUUGCAUUCGCAUCUGGCUCGGCAACGACCGCAACGGUCAUAUCCUCCCUGGGCCCCAACGCGCACAUCGUGAGCGUAAACGAUGUUUACGGAGGCACGUUCCGAUACAUGGCCCGCGUCGCAAAAGAGAACCAGGGUCUCGAAACGACAUUCGUCGACUUGGAAAACGCAGAUGAAGUCAAGGUCCGGUCUGCACUCCAGGAAAAUACCAAACUUAUCUGGAUAGAAUCGCCAACAAACCCCACUUUGCGUCUGAUUGACAUACCCCGCAUUGUCUCCAUCGCCCGCUCACAUCCAUCGAACCCCCUCGUCCUCGUCGACAACACUUUCCUCUCUCCCUUCUACUCCUCCCCUCUCCUCCAAGGCGCCGACAUCGUCCUCCAUUCCCUAACUAAAUAUGUCAACGGUCACUCUGAUGUCGUCAUGGGCGCACUGAUUCUCCCCGCCCACCGCGCCGCGACGCACGAACGCCUGGCCUUCCUUCAGAAUGCUAUCGGGGCGGUCCCGAGCCCCCACGACUGCUGGCUCGCCCAGCGCGGCGCCAAGACGCUCCACCUGCGCAUGAAGGAGCACGGCCGGAACGCCCUCGCGGUCGCGCGCGCGUUGGCCGCGAGCCCGCACGUCACGGGCGUCAUCUACCCCGGACUCUCCUCGCACCCGCGCAACGCGCUCGCGCGCCGCUCGCUCUCGCCACACGCCGCCCGCUUCGUCGACGCGUUCCUGGCGUCUCCCCCCGACGUCGACGCUGCACCACACGACGGCUCGUUUCCAUACGGUGGGAUGGUGUCGUUCCGCAUCCGCGGCGGAGGCGAGGCGGCGCAUCGCUUCCUGCGCUCAACGCGUUUGUUUGCGCUCGCGGAGAGCUUGGGCGGAGUCGAGAGUCUUGCCGAACUACCGGCUCUCAUGACGCACGGGAGCAUCCCGCCGAAGGAGCGGGAGGAGCUUGGGAUUGGAGAGGACCUGAUCCGGCUGUCGGUUGGUGUUGAGGAGGGAGAGGAUCUUGUGCGCGAUGUGUUGCAGGCGCUGGAGUCUGCUGUUCGCGAUGGGCAGGCAUGAAGGGAAGCCGUCUGACGGCGGUGACGUUCAUCGGGGUUUGAGGGGGUAGAUGAAGCAGCUUAUUACACUAGAGAGUUGUGUCCGAGCAUCCUAUUGUUAUUAUUUCUUGUUUAUUCUAUAUAUCCCCACGCAUGGAUAUACGUC